GGCCCGGCCCCGGCGGAGGCAGGGCUACGGCCGCCCGCCCCCUCGCCCUGCCCCCGCCCCCCGCCCGACACCCCCGCGCUGCCUGACACGGCUCCGCCGGCGGCGGCCCCGAGCGGCGACAGCGGCACCGGCACCGGGCCACAAUGAACGUGGAACAUGAAAUUAGCCUCUUAGUGGAGGAGAUUCGGCGGCUGGGAACCAAAAAUGCUGAUGGACAAGUGAGUGUGAAAUUUGGUGUGCUGUUUGCUGAUGAAAAGUGUGCCAACCUCUUUGAAGCCCUGGUGGGAACUCUUAAGGCUGCAAAACGACGGAAGAUUGUCACUUAUCAAGGAGAGCUACUUUUACAAGGUGUUCAUGACAACGUGGAUAUCAUGCUGCUGCAGGACUGAUGCAGUGUUUCAGCUAUGCAUUAAUGGAAUUGUUUGAAAUGGUGACUUUCCAUAUCCUCUGAAUAAGGCUGAUCAUUCUAUGGUGUUUUGAUGUAUUUUAUAUAUCUUUAUAGCCAAAAGAAAACUGUCCUAUUUUGGAAAACAUUCCCUUUUGUAAGUCUUCCUAAAAUGGUACUGUAUGCGAGUAAGGUAAAAGGUGCCAGAUCUUUUUCUCUCUUUUUUUUUUUUUUUUUUAUUUUUAUUUUUUUUAAAUCUCAGGUAAUUCUCUCAAAUGUCUAGUGGUUAUUUUCAACAUAAGAAGAAUGGAACUGGUAAUUUAAUGUUUACAGAUCAAAAUGUGCCAUGAAAGUAUAAAAUAAAAGCACAUACUUAAA